AUAACUACGUGCACCGGCUGGUUGCCAGUAAGACGGACGGGAAGAUGGUGCAGUACGAGUGCGAGGGAGACACCUGCCACGCUGAGAAAAUUGACGCACUCCAACUAGAGUACUCGUACCUGCUGACGAGUCAGCUGGAGUCUCAGAGGAUCUACUGGGAGAAUAAGAUCGUUCAUCUGGAGAAGGAGACGGCCGAGGAGAUAAACAACAUGAAGUCCAAAUUUAAGGAGACGUUGGAGCGCUGCGAUAACUUGGAGCGACGGUUCGGGGAAAUAAGCAAAGAGAAGCAGAGCAUCGAGAAAAAGUGCACUCAGCUCAACAGCCGAGUGCUGAAGAUGAGCCAAGAGCUGAAGGAGGAGCAGGAGAUGAACCGCUGUCUGAGAGCCAAUCAGGCGCAGCUGCAGGCCCAGCUGGCAGAGGAGGAGCGCAAAGCACAAGAGAGCG